AUGGAAUUCCUAGGAUUCCUCGUGGACUCAGGGGAGGCGACUCUGAGCCUGCCAAGGUCCAAGAUACUCGCCAUACGCAAGGAGUUACGCAGAUCACUGGUACGGCCCCAACUCACCCUGCGACAGCUGGCACGGCUCAUUGGCCUACUGGCCUCAUCUAUACAGGCAGUGUUCCCGGGCCCACUACACUACCGGGCACUGCAACGACUGAAGAUCGCACACCUGAGAGCCGGUGCAUCCUACGCAGACCAGGUGUCACUGGACACCGAAACGAAAGACGAACUGCACUCCAGCGACUGGAAGUUGGACACGGAGGCGUUCUCCAGUUUAUCGUCUCUCUGGGGUCCCUUUUCUAUCGACCUCUUCGCUUCCCGUCUCAACACCCAGCUAUCUCGAUUCUUCAGCUGGAGACCAGACCCGAUGGCGGAGGCAGUAGACGCCUUCCUUCAAGACUGGAGCGGGGACCUCCUAUAUGCCUUUCCACUGUUUUCCAUGAUUCCACGCUCCCUCCUCCAGACCCGCAGACACCGGGCAGAAUUAGUCAUGUCCUACUCCGGCUUCCUCCACUUCUGCUUCCAAAGAAGGGUUGGUGCCCUCUUUACAGGCAGUAUUACCCAGAGCCAGGUUCUGUUGGCUCUGGAGAAGAUUCAUAGAACUCCUGCCCUCAUCCAAAAUGGCCGCUCGGUGACAACCACUUCCUGUGACAUCAUAUCAGUGAGAGCAGCCAUUGUACUCCAGACACAGACCGGAAGUGGCUUCACUGAGGACAUUGGAGAAAAGAGAGGGAGUGGAUACAGGGCUGGGACACCCAGUGAGGGCUUCGUAAUAAUGAACAAUAAGAGGCAUUGGAUGGAUGAGAAAAUCUUGGAUCUGACCCUGGAGAUCAUCUGCCUGCUGACUGGAGAGGAUCACAUGGUUGUGAAGAAGCCCAGUAAUUUUGACUUGCCUAACAACGGUUCUCAUGCGCCUGAAGGUUCACAGAGGAACUUAAUCUAUAAUAUGCCUCAUCCACCACACUCACUAAGCAAUGAGAGAAACCAUGAUCAGAAGAUCCUGGAACUGACCAAUCAGAUCAUUGAGCUGCUGACUGGAGAGGUUCCUAUAAGAUGUGACGAUGUCACGGUAUAUUUCUCCAUGGAGGAGUGGGACUAUAUAGACGGACACAAAGAGCUCUACAAGGACAUCAUGAUGGCGAACCACCAGUUCCACAGCUUAAUGGCUCAACCUGUAACUGCUGGAUUUCACACUGAUGCUGCUUUGCUCGGUUUUGUAUCCAAAUACAAGCUAGGUAAAUUCAAUAUUGGAGGAAAAUCUCAGCAAAUUAACCAACAAAAAGACAGAGAGACUAAAUCUGUGACACACACGUUGAAUGAAUCUUUGUCACAUGAAGACGGGAAUGCCACAGACCUGUCUACAUCUGCAGACCAUCCACAGACAGAAUAUCCAUCUACUCAUAUUAAGGAGGAACCAGCCUCAUGUGAAGAAGGAAAUCUCACUGACAUUUCUACACCCACCGAACAGACCGAAUAUACAUCUACUCAUAUUAAGGAGGAGUCUGCUUCGUGGGAAGAAGGGAAUAUCAUAGAUCAUAACAUUUCUGCACUCUCAGAACAUACAAAAAUAAAAAAUCAGUCGACUCAUAUCAAGGAGGAACGUUGGGAAGAAGUCAAUCUUUAUACACACACAGUGUAUCCACAGACAGAAUAUCGAUCCAUUUUUGUGAAGGAGGAAUCUGUGCAUGAUGGAAAUCCUGCAGGUCGCAAUAUACAAAGUUAUACCAACUCACAAAUAACUUCUAACAUAUCCUCAGUUGAACCUGACAGAAAUGUUAACGUUUCCCAAAAUCGACACAACACCGAGGCUCUAUUUAAAUGUUCUAAGUGUUCAAAGUGUUUUCUUAGUGACUCAGAGUUUGUGAAACAUCAGUCAGUUCACAAAGAAAGCAAUAUGACUUCUCCCAAAAUGGGAAAAGUAUUUUUUUCGGAGUCUGACCUUGUUACGCGUGAGAGAGAUCACAGAGGCAUUGAACCAUUUUCAUGUUCUGAAUGUGGAGCAAAUUUUAAUAAUGUAACACAUCUUGUUAUACACCAUAGGAUUCACACAGGAGAGCAACCCUACUCUUGUUCUGAAUGUGGAAAACAUUUUACUGAAAAGGCCAGUCUUAUUGCUCACCAAAUGAUUCACACAGGAGAGAGACCAUUUAAAUGCACUGAAUGUGGGAAAAGUUUUACUCGAGCCACACAUCUUGCUUCACAUAAGUGGGUUCAUGCUGUAGAAAAGCCAUUUAAAUGCAAUGAAUGUGGAAAAUGUUUUACACUAAAACAUGAUCUUAUCACUCAUCAGAGAAAUCACACUGGAGAAAAACCAUUUAAAUGCAAUGAGUGUGGGAAAUGUUUUACGCGUGCCAAAAUUCUCGCUUUACAUGUACGAAUACACACAGGAGAAAAACCAUUUCAAUGCAAUGAAUGUGGUAAAUAUUUUACUCGAGCUUCAAAUCUUGCGGCACAUAAACGGAUUCACACAGGAGAAAAACCAUAUAAAUGUGCUGAGUGUGGGAAAGGUUUCACCCAAGCCUCAAGUCUUGCUACACAUAAAAGGAUUCACACAGGAGAAAAACCAUACAAAUGCGCUGACUGUGGAAAAGGUUUUACUCAGGCUUCAAGUCUUACUUUACAUGAAAGGAUUCACACCGGAGAAAAACCAUUUAAAUGCACAGACUGUGGGAAAAGUUUUACCCGGGCCACAAAUCUUGUUGCACAUAAGCGGAUUCACACAGGAGAGAAACCAUUUGAAUGCACUGAAUGUGGGAAAUGUUUUAACCAAGCCUCAAGUCUUGCGUCACAUAAAAAGCUUCAUACAGGAGACUAGUAUUAAUGUAUUUGAUUUUGGAAUUCACUGUUUUGGAAUUAAGAUAUUUAUUUUUGCAGUCAUUUUGUUGAUGAGAAACAGAAUUUAUCCUCAUGGCUAGCAAAACCAAUCACUACGUUUCAGAAAGUCAAUGCUUGGACUUCAUUUCAGGCAUGAGAGAGCCAGUCUUAAGUAAUUAAUCUGGAUACUGCUCUACAAAUCAUUUUACUUAUAUUAAACUGACAAGAAUUCCUAUAGAUUAUAAAUCAUACUCUUGUGGCAGAUAUGGAAAACAAUGUACA